AUGGCAUUUGGUUUUGAAUACGAUGUUGAUGAUGGUGAUCAGCUUUCAAGGGUUUCUUGGCGGGACGCAGUAUCCAGGAAGAAUUUUUCUUUGUUUGGUGAUGUUGUUUCGUUGAUGCUGGCAAUAGUUUGUUUCCUUGGAUACUGCUUUUGGCAGAGCACAACUCGGAAGGGUAGGGAUGGCGGUGUUGUUUUGAAGCAGGUUGUAUGUAGUCGUGAGGGGUUCAAGAAGAGUUCGUCUAGUACUUCUUCUACCACACAAAGCAAUGUUGUGAAGCGACGUAGGUUGACAAAUAGGGUUGGGUGUAAGGCUAAAGUGGUGUUUAAGGUCAUUCCUAAUGGUUGCUAUCGUGUGCAUUUUUUUGAGGAACACCAUACCCAUUCUAUGUGUUCAAUUAUUGCUAAGCAAUUUUUAAAGGUUAAUCGUAAUCUUGAUGCUGGGCAUCAACUUUUUGUUGCAAGUUGUGUUCGAGCAAACAUUGGUCCUACUCGGUCGUAUAGGUUGUUUAAGGAGAUUGUUGGUGAGUAUUCUAAUGUUGGGGCUACAGGUGUGGACUUUAAAAACUUCAAACGUGAUUUGAUGGCGUACAUUUUAAAUGGUGAUGCUCAAUUGUUCAUAGAUACAUUGUUUAAAAGGCGUGAAUUGUGUGAAGCAUUUGGUUUUGAAUACGAUGUUGAUGAUGGUGAUCAGCUUUCAAGGGUUUUCUUGGCGGGACACAGUAUCCAGGAAGAAUUUUUCUUUGUUUGGUAUAAUUUGGUUUUUGUCCCAUUUACUGGCAUUGAUAAUCAUAAGAGAUGUAUCACCUUUGGUGCUGGGUUGCUUACGAAGGAAGACAUAGACUCAUACGUUUGGCUUUUGGAGAGCUUUAAGAAAAUAAUGGGCCAUGAUCCUAUUUGUGUUGUUACAGAUCAAGAUCCAGCUGUGAAGGUUGCUGUUGCUCAAGUGUUUGGUGCCUCAAAACAUAGAUUUUGUAUGUGGCAUAUAAUGUGUAAGGUGGGAGAGAAGGUUGGACCAGUUUUAUCAAAAGAUGAGGUGUUUAGGAGGAAGUUGAAUGGCAUUGUUUGGGAUAAUUCACUUGAUCCCAACGCCUUUGAGUUGCGAUGGAAUCAUAUUAUGGAGGAAUAUGGGUUGGGUGAUAAUGGUUGGUUUCGUUACUUGUUUGAGUCCCGUACAUUUUGGGCACCUCCAUACUUUCAUGAUGAUUUUAUGGCCGGUUUAGUUAGGACUACGUCUAGAUCGGAGUCUCAAAAUAAUUUUUUUGGCAGUUUCUCUAAUGGACAUUCUAGUUUGGUUGAGUUUCUGGUGCACUAUGACACUGCUAUUGGUGCACAACGGCAUGCCCAAGCAAAAUUGAAUGCUGAUUAUGAAGCUUGCUUUCCAGUUUUGAAGACACCAUUGGCCUUGGAGCGGCAUGCCGUGGCUGUUUACACAAUUUCUAUAUUUUAUGACAUUCAAGAAAAGAUUUGUUCGGCUUGUUUUUCUUGUCAAGUGGUGUCUUUGACUGAUAUUGAUGGUUGCGUGUCAUAUGUGAUAAAAGAUGGUGACCAUAGGACAUGGCGUGUGCAUGGACUUGAGAGUAUUCCUUCUAGGUAUUUGGUGCAUCGGUGGACAAAGGGUGCAUGUUUGCACCUAAUAUUUCAUAUUGAUGGUACACUUGUUGAUCAAUCUGCUAAAGUGGAGAAUGUUAGGGCGCUUACCAAUCUUAUGUGGUCUGAUAUUUAUGCUUGUGUGGGGUUGGCUGAUGGUAAUAUUGACUGUUUGUCACAGUUACGACGUGUUAUUAAUGAGCAAAGGCAAAUAUUUCUACAGGAUGGGAGUGAGAAUGGGAAUGGGGCUGCUAUUGGUAGCAAGCAAAGUGUGAUUAAUUCGUUUUGUGAAGAUGUGUCUAUGGGUUCGACAGUGGAUGUGCACGACCCUGUCCAAGCUAAGAACAAGGGUAGUGGUAAGCGAUUGAAUAGCGCAAGGGAAAGAGCUGCAAGCAAGUGUGCAAAGCAAUCAAGGAGAUGCCACACUUGUGAUGAAUAUGGCCAUAAUAGUAGGACAUGCCCUUUAAAUACUUUAAGUUGUGCAUUGUAG